GUUGUUGUAGUUGAAACAGCGCGAGAUUCAUUCCCUUCCCCCACAUGGCAGUACAUUCGAAAUCAUAUACGGAAGACCUACGUUCAGUUUUUAAUAAGUAUGCCAGUGUCAACAAAGAUGGUCAAAUGUAUAUGACCCCGAAAGAUUUUGUUGUCAAGUAUCUACGUUUGUUCAAUGAAGAAAAUUACAAUGUAUCCUCAGUCAAUUGUAUUGCUAGUGCUGCCGAUACCACAAAAGAUGGAUUAAUUUCUUUCGAAGAAUUUCUAUCAUUUGAAACUCUUCUUUGCACGUGUGAUUCUUUAUAUUUGUGGACAUUUGAAUUGUUUAAUCGAGAUGGUCACGGGGUCAUAUCAUUUGACAAUUUUAAGAAAACACUCGAUUUGACACUGGUGAACAAGGAGUUUGCUUUUAAUUUCGACUGUGAUUUCAUCAACUUGCAUUUUUCCAAGGACAGAUCACGAAAAAUUAACUAUGAUGAAUUCACGCAAAUAAUUCAUGAUUUCAAUGAUGAACAUGCUAUUCAAGCAUUUAAACAAAUGGAUCAAAGUAAAACUGGAACAAUUACAAUUAAUCAAUUCAAAAGUAUUAUGUUACAAUUGAAAAGUCAUUUGCUAACUCAUUUGAUUAAAGAAAACUUACUCACAGUGGCCUUACAAAGCGAAGUAGAUAGUGGUCGUAUUACCUUUGCUUAUUAUAUGGCUUUCAUUACUCUCUUGACUAAUAUGGAAUUGAUUAAAAAAGUGUAUUUAAGUCGAACUCGUGGGAAUGCUAAAAUAGAAUUAACAAAAGAGGAAAUGUUGAAUGAAGCACAACAUUUCUCUCAAAUUACACCUAUGGAAAUGAAUAUUCUAUUUCAGCUCAUUUCACUUCUUCGGAAAGAUGAACGUGUUACUUAUCAAGAUUUAUGUGCCAUUACCCCUUUAGAAGACGAUUCCACACCAUACCAUUUGCAUGCUCGGCUCCACGGAAAGCCUGAAAAUAAUAUAAAUGUACUUCAGGGAAGAAGUGUUUUAAUGUCCGUACUUGAACAAUGUUAUCGGUUCACUUUAGGCUCAAUUGCUGGUGCAUUUGGAGCUACUGCCGUCUAUCCAAUUGAUCUUGUUAAAACAAGAAUGCAAAAUCAACGUACUACUGGAUCAACUAUGGGCGAACUUAUGUAUAAAAAUAGUUGGGAUUGUUUUCGUAAAGUCAUUCGAUUUGAAGGUUUCUUCGGUCUUUAUCGAGGUUUAGGACCACAGAUAUUAGGUGUCGCUCCAGAAAAAGCAAUUAAACUUACUGUCAAUGAUAUGGUUCGUGAUCAGUUUACCAAACCGAACGGUGAUAUUUCAGUAUAUGCUGAAAUCCUGUCCGGAGGUUGUGCAGGAGCAAGUCAAGUGAUUUUUACUAAUCCUUUAGAAAUUGUAAAAAUACGACUUCAAGUUGCCGGUGAAGUUGCUAAUACAAAGCAUUUAUCAGCCUUCUCAGUUGUCAAAGAUUUAGGACUUUUGGGACUCUAUAAAGGAUCAAAAGCUUGUUUUUUGCGUGACAUCCCAUUUUCAGCCAUUUAUUUUACUUCAUACAGUCGUUUGAAAAAGUAUUUUGCUAAUGAGAACGGUUGUAACUCAUCAACAAGUUUGUUAAUGGCUGCGACAAUUUCUGGAAUUCCUGCAGCAUUUUUAGCCACACCAGCUGAUGUAAUUAAAACAAGAUUGCAGGUUGUAGCGCGUACAGGUCAAACAACAUAUACAGGAGUAGUUGAUGCAGCUAGAAAAAUUUGGCGUGAAGAAGGCGGUCGUGCAUUCUGGAAGGGAUCAGCUGCUCGUGUAUUUCGAUCUAGUCCGCAAUUCGGUGUGACACUUUUGUCAUAUGAAACACUACAGAGAUAUCUAAACUUUGAUUUUGGUGGAAGGGAACUCUCUGGUAAACCAAUUAGUCAUCGUGUACAAUCAGUUCCAAAUGGUUCUGAUCAUAUUGGCGGUUAUCAAUACGCAACAGCCACAUUUUCUGGUAUUGAAUCACGAUUCGGAUUAUGCUUUCCAAAAUAUACAGUGAAUUGAAAUGAUUUCCUUCCUUCCUUCCUUUUUUUAAUUUCUGCGCCUUCACAAUUCCAUCUCGGUUUAACAAUUCUUAUCAUUUUUUUUUUCUAUUCAACAUGGCAAUGAUAAGUUAGUUUGUAAACUACAUUUGAUUACAAUUCUCAGGUAUCUGAGUCUUGUACAGAAAUCAUUCCAUGAAUAUUUUUUUACAUGUACACAACGUUUAACGUAAUAUAUUUAUUUGCCUAAUAUUUC